AAAAGGAGCAACCAUUCAAAAAAUGACUUGCUGAGGUGUCAGUGGAUCAAGUGGAGUUGCUCGAUGCUAACAGGUGCUGUUUGCCCACAGUGCAUAAAAGUGAUGGGGGCCCGGGGGAUGGUGCUGCUAAUGAAGAAAGAGACACAGGCAACUGGAGUGGACUGCUGGGCCAUGAAGUGUGCGGGUAUUAGUAUGGGGCAACCUGGUGACUGCAACAAUGGCCUACUGUCUGACGCAGAGGAUCUGGAGAGUGUCAGUGACAGCUCUGACAAAUCUCUGGGUGGGGGGGAUGAAGGUGGAUGCUGCAGCCCAGCAGAGGAGAGUCGAGGCAAAAGGAAAAGGAAGAGCAGGUUAUCUGGAGUCAGCAAACAGAGACAAGCUGCCAAUGCAAGGGAAAGAGACCGGACACACAGUGUGAACACAGCCUUUACAGCACUGAGGACACUUAUCCCCACAGAGCCAGCAGACCGCAAACUGUCCAAAAUAGAAACACUGAGAUUGGCUUCCAGUUACAUAUCACAUCUAGCAAAUAUCUUGCUACUAGGGGAAGACUGUAUGGAUGGACAACCGUGCCUUCAGUACAGAUCUUCUAUGGCCAGUGCUGCCCCAAGACCCAUCUGUACUUUUUGCCUAAGUAAUCAACGGAAACUGCACAGGGAAGGCGAGAAGCACUUGUCUAUUUAAGGUGUAUGCGGACACUGACUCAGAUGAGCAGCUUGCAUAAUUCUUGCACUGAAUAUAGAUCUGCUCUAAAUAUAGCUGCUCUGCACUCUUUUGUUUACACUGAACUUAUGUAAUGCAGCUAAGGCACUUUUGUAUUUUAUUUCUGAACGAGGGAAAAAGAGGUCAACAGUGUUUUACAUUGGAACAAAAAAAAAAAGAGCAUUUAGGAUACUUUGAAGCUGAAUUGAAACUCAAAAUGGAAAGUUGCACCUGGUGCUGUUGCUAUUUUUUGCACAAGAAAUGUUAAACCCGAGAAUGAUAUGGACAGUGGUUAACCCAACGACACAUGAUGAAAUGUGAUCCUGGACACGAAGCGGCUCCAUCAGUGUGUGUUGUCACAACACACUUUCACCUGUGCUUUUUACCAAUAACCCUCGCAGUACUCCCACCCGUAUUCUGACCAUCAUAUUCAGCGCUGAGACACUUAUACAGAAGAGACCAAUAGCUGGUCCUUUGAAAAAGUGGGAUAGAAACUGAGGAUUGAAAUAUACUUUUGUCAUGUGUUAUUACAUAAUAUCUCAACCCUUGCCCAUAUUUAUUUCCUAUAAAUUCUGAAUGUAUCUAAUAUGACACAAUCCUAUUAUAAUGCUAUUAAAGCACAGUUUAACCAGGACUCAACUGCUGCUGAAAUACAACUCUUAGACCCCAUCAAGGAUGCAAGGGGCUGUAUUUACACAACAGCUGGAGGGUCAUGGAUUGGACAACUGAAUACUAUAUAUAGAUGUGCUUAUGUCAUUUGAAUGAAUGUUUUAUCCCAAUAUCUAAUACACAUUUGGCUGAUGCCACUUACAAGGCUUUUAGUACUGUAGGUUCUACAAAGAGCUGUUCCUUUUAAAAUAGGUAAAAGUAAUUUCCCCAAUUUUUCCUCUUGUUAAGGUGAUAUAGAUUUACUGUAAGCACAUUGCCUAUUUACUUGGCUACUGUGUCUGUCUACUGUUACUAACCUAAUGACAAAACCUCAACUAGGUGCACUAGUGUCCACUGCCUCCUAUAUAUAUAUAUAUUAAAAUAUAAUAUUAUAUAUAUUUCUUUUUGUUCAAUACUGUUUUCCUCCUUUAAAGCAGCAGUUCCCUAUAAUUCAAUUUUCAUUUCUAAGCAGUCAUUAUAAUCUCAAAUGUAGUUUAUUAAUUUUCCCAUCUCCCAUUUCAGUGCUACAAACAGAAUGAACUUGCUGGUUUAAUUUAAGUAUUCUCUUGCGGUCUAAUGCAUGAAAGAGGUACCACAGGGAAACAAAUGAAGAAACACUCGUGUGAAAGAGCCCAAAAUAAGCUAAUUUUUUUCUCAGAAAGGUAAUGAAAGUUUCUACCAGCUUUUUAAUAAUGUGCCACUUAUUUCCCCAUAUCUUUAGGCAGGAAAGUCCUAAACUGGGGACCCUCAAAGGGUCAGUGCUUACCAGAGAGUGGGUUGUGUUUUAAAGGAAUAGGGGUUUGGUUGGGUGUAAUUGAGCACAGCCAAUACAUAACAGGUGCACAGCUUAAACUACCCCAACUUUUGCUUUGAAACUGCUGGAAGGUAUGACACAGGAAAGGUUUAUUUUGUGUGUUUCUUCAGCAGUCCAAAGUCUCUGUGAACGUGUGUUAUCAGUUCAUAUCAUCAUAUCAUUUAACUGAAUUAGUGAUAGCAAUAACAAACCAUAACAUACACUUUAUAUAGCCAAGUAGUUUUUGUUUCUGCCACAGCUAGAGAGUGGCAGGUCAGACACUAGAGCAAAAACAAAGAAUAUUUAAGAAUGGUUAACACAAAUGUACAUUUUUUGUGCUAUUUAGAAAUGCCCAAUAUUAAAAGACUAUUUUUUUAAGGAAACAUGUAAGUAAUGUGUUUGUGCUAUGAUAUCUAUAGUUGGGCAAAUAAUUAAAUGUUGUUACACAAAUCAGGUUAAAAUUACCUCAUUCAUUGUAUAUAAGCGUGCGUGUAUCAUAAUGUACUGUAUUACUAGUCACCUACACUUUGUGUUUUGCCAUUUGUAGGUAUCAUUCAUUAAUUUCUGUGCAUGCAGAUUUCAAAUAUGUUAGAUUUUUCCUGGAAUUUAAAACAAAUUUGCGCUCAUCUCCUAAUCUGGGUAAAUUUGCUUUUAGUGCAACAAAUCAGGCUUUUGCUUUCAGUAUUUUAUAUAAACAAUAUAUUUAAAAAUCCACUUAUUUAGUGACCUGAUGAAAUGUUCAGACCUCAGGGAUAUGUUUGUUAAACUGUGAAAAUAGAGAGCCCCAGUGUUUGGCAGAGGGUAAUUUUACAGCUAUCCAUUCACUUCCAUAGAUUUAUGGCAUAUUUAUCAAGAGAUCAGAAUGAGAGUUUACUCCUUCAUAACAGGCUCCCAUAUUUCCCUUUGGAGCCACUUCUCUCUCCCUGAAGAACUGCUGUGAGCUCAUUUUCACUCUUUCAUAAAUAUGCUCAUAACUGUCUAAACAAACAGACAACACACAUGAACCAAGAAGGUCCUUGGUCAGGGGAGAUUUUCUAUUCAGCUUAAUUAAUAUGUAAAAAAAAAUAAUUUAGUGGAAAUAUAUGGGACAAUAUGCUGCCAGUAUAGUCAAGAAAGGCUGAAUUGGUAACCAUUAUCUGUGUGUGGGUGCCUUAAAGUAAAACUAAAGCUGAACAAAGAAGUAGGCUAGAAAUUGAUGCACGUUAUGAUCUGAGAUUUUGUACCAGUCCAAGGCAACCAGAGCCCUUAAGCAGUGCAGAAUUGUGCCGCAGAUUAUUCCCCCAGCAAUUUUCUUUUCUACUGAUCCUCUGGGCUGCUGUCAGUUACCUUAGCUUGGGGAAGGACUCACAAUUUCCUGUAUAUAGAGAGUUACAAUACAAGACUGAUUAAUUAGAUUCUCAUUACACAGCAGUUCAGAAACCAGUGCAAUUUAAUAAUCAGCCUAGUAGCGCUCAGCACGCCAACCUCAUUGUCUUGCAGCUUCGCAAAAGCUGCCCAGAGUGCACUGAGCAUGUGGGUGUCACUGACACUUCUAACAAAAUGGUGGCCGCAUUGAAGUUAGAAAGAUUCUGAAACUUUAGGCUGGUGCAGCAAGCUUAGCAUAUAAAAUACGGCAUUUCUACCCAUAUUUGUUUUUUAAGAUCUAUGUCAGGGAAGUUUUCUUUAUAUUGAUAUCUAGAAAAAUAAGUUUAAUUGUUUCCAGUUUGGGAAUAAUUAAAUAUCAAACAAAUUUGAAACACCUAUUUCUAGCCACCUUAUCUUCACUAGUUGUAAUUGCUUGUCGGUUAUUGUGACUAACUGCACUGGAACAAAUUUGUAUCUAUUGUGCUUGUGAAGAUUUUACUUUAUUAAAAUAGCUUUAACACCCAAAGUUAUCUUGGGCUAUGAAUCCACAAUGCAGCAGCUGUCAUUCAGUAACUGAUCCUUGUGCCUGUUUGCUUUGACUAAGCUCAGAGUAUUUACAUGAUAUAGAAAUAAAGAAAGACAAUACCUUAUUGGUCAUGUGAAUUCUUGGUAUAUUUUAUAUUAACCCAAGGUUAACAGUGUCCCCAGAUGGCAGACACAAUCAGUGAACCAAGUGACUUUAAAGCUAAAUAUACAUGGUGCCAAUCUUGCAUAAUGUUUACAUUAUUAUUGUUGCACAUUGAAAGCGAAUCUUGGUUAAGUAACGUGUACUUGAAUGUAUUUAACUUGAAGCAACAGGUGAGCUCAUAUUUACUAAGUGGAGCUAUUGCUAUGGAUCACUAACACUAAGCACUUUUGCUGAGGUGUGAUUUAUUACUUCUUUUACUAGUCAGGGUUCUGUGCUUCAUAUAUUUAGAGACCUUUGCUCUACUAAGCUUUAGGGUUACCAAGUGACACUUCUUAUAAAUGCACAAUGUUGGACUGCACCAAUUGUAAAGUGGUUGUGUUUAAAUAAAAUACAACCAAUGCAAUCUAGUAGCAUUUACAAUGAAUAGUAACUGCUAGUAUAAAUCAAAAGAAUACAUUUGGGCUAUGCACUUGUCAAUAAAAGCACUUUAUUAUUAAUUAUAAUGAAAUAUAUUUGAACACAGAACUCUACUCGCCACAUGGACUGAUUUUUUAUAUAACUGAUUUAUUAAUUAAUUUACUGACUGAAUGGCAUGCCCAUUAGUCCAUUACACAACACAGUAAAUGUUAAAAUACACUUUUACCUAUAACAUUUUUUGGUUGUGACCCCUAAUGUGGCUAGAGACCCAAGGUUAAUGUGACUAUAUUAUAUAUGAAAUGUAUUUCAUAGUAGUAGAGGCACUCAGUAAAUAUGAGCCCAGGUACAAAGUCAGAUUAACUAGACUGUAUUUUUCUACCUUCAGUGUAUACAUCUUGUGAUGCUGUAAAUCAUAAAUAUUUACUAAAUAUAGCAAAUGCUCUAAAGAAGGUGUAACCUGAGCAAGAAUAUUAUGGAAUAUAUUUUGUGAUACUGCCAUGAGCAACUGUUAUGAUAUUUAUAUAGAGUAAAUGUUAUUUUAAUAAAUAAUGAUUAAACAAUGA